ACUAUGUUGUCAAACAGCCUGUAUCAAUCAAUUCAGAAUCUCAGAGAAAAAGAUAAGAAAUGUAAAAACCUUAACAUUCGUUAUGGAAACCUCAAUGAAGAACUGCAAAAAAAUAAAGGAAAUUUUGCUGACCUCAUUAAUAACAUUGAAUCUGUGUGUGAAGGAGAACAUCAUCAUUUGAAAAUACCUGAUACUUUUUUGGCAAAUAACCUGUAUCAGUCAAUUCAGAAUCUUGCAGAAAAAGAUAAGAAAUGCAAGGACCUUAACAUUCGUAAUGGAAACCUUAAUGAAGAACUGCAAGAAAACAAGGGAAAUUUUGCUGAACUCAUUAAUAACUUAGAAUAUGUGUGUGAAGGAAAUUAUCUUCGUUUAAAAAUUACCGGAGAGCAGCAGUCAAACAUGCGGAAAAUAUUGACUCGUCUUGCUGAAAAAGAAAAGUAUUGUACAGGCCUUAAAACUAUAAAUGAAAAUCUCAGAAAAGAACAAUCAGAAAAUAAGCAACUGAUUGGCAGUAUGAAAUGUAUACCACAAGAAAACUAUUCUGAGUGCUGCCCGUCAGAUUGGCAGAUGUUUAAGCAUAGCUGUUACUACUUUUCCCAAGAGUAUCAUAACUGGUCUGAGGCUCAGAGACAGUGCGAAAUAAAACAGUCUAAUUUAGUGAUGAUCAAAAGCAGGGAGCAACAGGAUUUUUUAAAAAGCAUCCUAAAGUAUAAGUACUGGAUGGGACUGACAGAUGCUGACCAUGAAAAACAAUGGAAAUGGGUAGAUGGGAAACCCUGUGACUGUACUGGAAAAAACAGACUGUAUUGGUAUAGCAAAGAGCCUGAUAACUGGAGCAGUGGGGGAUCCUCAACAGAUGAAGACUGUGCUGUGAUAAGACCUGAUGGUGGAUGGAGUGAUAUCAAAUGUACAGACACUGAAAGGUGGAUCUGUGAAAAAGUAACUUCUGUAUGCUAUGUAAAUAAACCUUAAUCAAUGACAAUAACAAAGCCUUCAGUCAUAAACUUUUGCAGGGAAAGUCUUGCACAGCUCUGGAGAAUUAUGUUAAAAAUAAAGCUAUAUUUUACUAAUAAAAGUAAUAUGAGUAAGUUUUCUAACCCCCUCAGCUUAUUUGAAUCCAAAAUCUGCAGGUAAUCUGACACCACCAAUAAUGUUAGCAUGUUCUGUGUAUUUUUUCUUCUUAGCCAUACUGUUGACUUUAUACAAUAUUUUACUGAAAAUACUGAGUAAACAUUUCUCACCAUUGCUGUUUUUGUCUUA